CUUUGACUGGAGCGGAGCCUCCCGCGCCAUUUCUGUGCGCCUGCGCACUGUCACCCUGCGCAGCCGGGGAGGCGGGUCGUAGCCCCAGUGGCCCAUGUCUCUUGCACGGGGUCAUGGAGACAUUGCGGCCACAACGGCGCCUCUGUCUGAAGAAGGGGAAGUGACUUCCGGCCUCCAGGCUCUGGCGGUGGAGGACACCGGAGGCCCCUCUAUCUCGGCCAGUAAGGCCGAGGAAGAGGGGGGAGAAGGCCAGGAGAAGGCCGAGCGUGAGGGAUCGGGGGCCGAGGAAGCCAAAGGAGAAGCCUCCAGCGCGGGAAGGGAGGAGCGAGCCGAGGGAGACUCGGAGGACUGGUGCGUGCCCUGCAGCGACGAGGAGGUGGAGCUGCCUGCGGAUGGGCAGGCCUGGAUGCCUCCGCCCUCCGAGAUCCAGCGGCUCUACGAACUGCUAGCCGCUCAGGGUACCCUGGAGCUGCAAGCGGAGAUCCUGCCCCGCCGCCCUCCUACGCCCGAAGCUCAGAGCGAAGAGGAAAGAUCUGAUGAGGAGCCGGAGGCCAAAGAAGAAGAAGAGGAAAAACCACACAUACCCACGGAAUUUGACUUCGAUGACGAACCAAUGACACCGAAGGACUCCCUAAUCGAUCGGAGGCGCACCCCAGGAAGCUCAGCUCGGAGCCAGAAAAGGGAGGCCCGCUUGGACAAGGUCCUCUCAGACAUGAAGCGACACAAGAAGCUAGAGGAACAGAUCCUUCGGACUGGGAGAGACCUCUUCAGCCUGGACUCAGAGGACCCCAGCCCAGCCAGCCCCCCGCUCCGCUCCUCGGGGAGUAAUCUCUUUCCCCGGCAGCGGAAAUACUGAAAUGCUGACUGUUGCUGCUGCCGCCUCCGAGGUGCAGAGACUGUCCUUGCUAGGGCUUGGUCCCUCCCUCCCUAAACCAGGACACUGGAAAACUUGGGAAGAGGAGUGAAACCCCAGGCUCCCAACGCAGCACUUUGCAGGAAAGAGGGAGUGUGUGUGUGUUUUCUGUCGAAUGUCUUACUUUGAGACCGGGGCUGGAUUUUCUAAAAUAAAAGGUGCAGAGUUUUCUUAA